AUGGCAUACGAUUCUAAUCGAGGUUUUGGACGUGGAGGGCGCGGUGGGGGUAGAGGUGGUGGAGAUCGUGGAGGGCGUGGUGGACGAGGGGGGUUUUCAUGUAUCCAAAGACGCGGUUUUGCUGCUGGCGGUCGUGGAACUCGUGGGGGUCGAGGAGAUCGCGGAGAUCGCGGACGUGGACGAAGCAGUGGAAGAGGGGGUCGUGGUGGCAGGGCUGGAGUUAAAGGAGGAUCUAAAGUUAUAAUUGAACCACACAGACACCCUGGCGUUUUUGUUGCUCGUGGUAAAGAAGAUCUUCUUGUCACAAAAAAUCUUGUAAGUGGUGAAUCCGUAUAUGGCGAAAAAAGAAUUUCCGUUGAAGGACCAGAUGGUAUUAAAACCGAAUAUCGUGUUUGGAACCCAUUUCGAUCUAAAUUGGCAGCUGGAAUUCUUGGUGGUGUUGAUGAUAUAUAUAUUGCACCUGGGAAAAAAGUAUUAUAUCUUGGGGCCGCUUCAGGAACUACGGUAUCACACGUUGCAGAUAUAGUCGGACCAGAAGGAAUAGUCUAUGCCGUUGAGUUUUCUCAUCGAUCUGGACGUGACCUCAUCAAUGUCGCCAAGAAACGUACUAACGUAAUUCCAAUUAUUGAAGAUGCACGUCAUCCGCAAAAGUACCGUAUGUUGAUGAACAUGGUUGACGUUAUCUUUGCGGAUGUGGCACAACCAGAUCAAGCGCGCAUUAUUGCUCUAAACGCACAUCAUUUCCUUAAAAAUAACGGAAAUAUUGUUAUAUCAAUCAAAGCAAAUUGCAUUGAUUCAACUGUUGAAGCUGCCACAGUAUUUGCCAGGGAAGUGAAAAAACUACAGGAAGAGCGUAUAAAACCUCAGGAACAACUUACUUUAGAGCCGUAUGAAAGAGAUCAUGCCUUAGUAAUAGGAAGAUAUAUAAGGUCACAAUAA